AUUUGAAAUACGAGCGGGCUUAUACUAUUUCUCUCGCUUAUUCACUGAGCUUUCACCUUUCAACACGCUGACACUGUCCCAUUCUCAAUCCUCCAUUUACUUCUUCUUCUUCAUGGAUCUAAUUCGAGCUUCAAUUUCAAACUCCAUGCCUACUUAAAACCACUCAGCCACUCUUUUUCUUUUUAGCCAAAAAUUUUCGAGCUCCAACAUGUCCAAAGAACCCUCCACUUCUCGAUUCGUAGCUCGAAACGUUUCGAAGAACACACACCCCGAAUCAAACGAGAACGAAUUCGAAACUUCGUUGAAUCCGAUUCACUUUCCACCUCCACGAUCUCCUCUGAACACGAUUCAGGAUCCAUCGCAAUCUCAGUCCCAAAAGGAUUUCCACGACUCCGAUUUCGAUUCUCAUCACAAGCUCGAAGCGGUUCGAUCAACUCGGGCUUUGGAUAAGAAGCUUGAAGCUUCAGAUAGAGUCGGAAAUGCGAGUCACAGUUACGUGACUCCUAGGGUUUCGGCUCGGACCGGAACGAAGUCACAGUCGGAGCCGAACUCAACGCAGAGUACUCCGGCGAAGAGCGUCUCGAGGCCUUCGAUUGGUGGAGCUAACGGAGCUUGUAAUUUGAGCAGCAGAGCUUGGAAUUUGUACAAUGGAGGUAGAGCAGGGAGUUCCUCUAGGGUUUCUAGAAGGGUUUCAAUUUCAAACACUUCGGUUUCUAAUUAUGAAUUUCCAGUGGAAGUUCAACAUUUCGAGCUCGUUCAAGACCCCUCGUUUUGGACAGAUCACAAUGUACAGGUGCUGAUACGAAUUCGACCAUUGAGUGCUAUGGAGAGAGUUUCACAAGGUUUCGGUCAGUGCUUAAGGCAAGAGAGUGCGCAGACUUUGGUGUGGCUUGGUCAUCCUGAAACCAGAUUUACCUUUGAUCACAUAGCGUGCGAGACCAUAUCACAGGAAAACCUGUUUGUGGUUGCUGGACUGCCCAUGGUGGAGAAUUGCAUGUCUGGUUAUAAUAGCUGCAUGUUUGCAUAUGGUCAGACAGGAAGUGGCAAAACAUAUACCAUGAUGGGUGAGAUAUAUGAGAUGGAGGGAAAUCUCAAUGAAGAUUGCGGGAUAACUCCACGCAUUUUUGAAUAUUUAUUUUCUAGAAUUAGAGAGGAAGAAGAAAGCAGAAGGGAUGAAAAGCUGAAGUAUAGCUGCAAAUGUUCCUUUCUAGAGAUAUAUAAUGAGCAGAUAACAGAUCUUUUGGAGCCUUCAUCAACUAAUCUGCAACUCAGAGAAGACUUGAAAAAAGGGGUAUAUGUUGAAAACCUCACAGAGCAUAAUGUGAGGACUGUUAAUGAUGUUGUCAAACUUCUGUUACAGGGUGCUGCAAACAGGAAAAUGGCAGCGACUCAUAUGAACAGUGAGAGCAGCCGCUCCCACAGUGUUUUUACCUGUAUUAUUGAAAGCUGCUGGGAGAAAGAUUCCAUGACUCACUUCAGAUUUGCAAGGUUAAAUUUAGUAGAUCUAGCUGGUUCUGAAAGGCAGAAAUGCUCUGGUGCAGAGGGAGAUCGUUUGAAAGAAGCAGCAAAUAUAAACAAAUCUUUGUCAACUCUUGGCUUGGUGAUAAUGUCUUUAGUGGAUUUAGCGCACGGGAAGCAUAGACAUGUUCCCUACAGAGAUUCAAGGCUCACAUUUCUACUUCAGGAUUCUCUGGGAGGAAACUCAAAAACAACAAUUAUUGCAAAUGUCAGCCCAUCUAUUUGCUCUGCAAAUGAAACACUAAGCACUCUGAAGUUUGCCCAGCGUGCCAAGCUUAUUCAGAACAAUGCUAAAGUGAAUGAAGAUGCUUCAGGUGAUGUAACAGCACUGCAGCGGCAAAUCCAACAGUUAAAGGGCCAGUUAUCCAUUCUGAUGAAGCAUAAUAACCUUACAAGGUCUAUGUCAAGAUGUAUUCCACCUUUUGAAGAAUCUGGAUUGAAUGACCUGUCUGAGGAAUAUGACUCUUUAGGAGAAAGAAAUCCAACUGAUAAUCAUAAGAUAUAUAGUCUUCAAAGCAAAAAGAUGAGAUGCAUGGAAGCUACUUUAGUUGGUGCUCUGAGGAGAGAAAAAAUGGCAGAGACUGCAGUUCGAAAGUUAGAGGCUGAAAUUGAACAAGUCAACCACUUGGCUUGCCAAAGGGAAGAGGAUGCUCAACAUACUAAAAUGAUGCUAAGGUUUCGCGAGGAGAAAAUUAAACAACUUGAGUUGCUUGUGCAUGGAAAGCUGUCUUUUGACACAUAUCUCGAGGAAGAAAAUAAGGCUUUACUAGAAGAGAUUCAGUUGCUUCGUGCAAGGACUGAUAGGAAUCCAGAAUUGACCCGAUUUGCGCUGGAGAAUAUCAGACUUCAAGAGCAACUCCAACUGUUCCAAAAAUUUUAUGAACAAGGAGAGCGAGAAACAUUGCUAGCUGAAGUUUCAGAAUUACGUAAUAAGCUUCUUGAAGCGCUAGAAGGAAAGCUUACAUCCUCAGUAAGAAACGAUAAUCAGAAUAAUUGUACUAUAAAGGAGUUGGAAGAUUGCAGGAAUACAAAUUUCAAACUGAUCAGGGAAGUAGAUGACUUACGAACAGAACUUAGAAAGUAUUUGAACUGUAGUCAAGCUACUACUGAUUCUGUAACAGAUUCUUUCUCUAAGGAUCAUGAGGAAUUUAUGCAGACAGAUAAUUAUUCAUUGGAAGAAAACAUAUCCAUCCAAAGUGACUCCAUAGAUGAUACAGCAUCUUAUACCCAGACAGAUGAUGGGGCUUUACAAAAUAGGAUUUACCAGAAUGCAGCAACACAGCCUGAUUAUACUCAAAAGGAGUUGAAUGAUGCUAGAUUGUUGAUUAAAGCAAUGGAGUCUGAGCAGGUCCAUCUAAUUACUGAGCUGCAGCAUACACAGGAGGAGAAUCAAAGACUUAUGGAAAUGGUAAUCAACAAGGACAAGGUAGACAAACAAUCUGUACCAGAACUUCAAAGUCAUUUCCUGACAUCAGGUAAUUUAGAAAUAUGCAACAUGGGCUCGCUGAUGGAGGGAAAUGAAGACAUUGACAGAAUGGCCCUGCAAGCCAAGUUGGACAAAAUUGCUAGGGACCUUGAGGAGGUCAGAUCACUUAAUAAUCAAUAUCAAGAGGAUCAGGCAUUCCAGUUGUCUAAGCAGCAUGAAAUUGAACAAGUCUGUGAACAGGUUGAGAUGGAGACUAGCAGAACAAUUCUUCACUUGCAGGAAGAUGUUGCUGCUCUACAGUUGGAACUACAUCAAAGGUUAUGUUUCAUGACUCAAGAAAAUACAAGACUAAGAAACACAAUAGCAGCUAAAGAGGAGGAAAUCAAGGCACUUUGUAUGGAGUGGGAAAGGGCAACCUUGGAACUAACAAGCUUCCUUGUGGAUGGUUCUAAAUCCCUCAAAGAUGCCUCUGGUCAGAUAGAAGGUAUUGCAAGUUCAUUUCCCCAGGCUAGUUGUUGCAUUAGUGAACAUGUAGAGAGGGCUGCCAGGGUUUGCAUGGAGAAGGAAGAAAGUAUUCUACUCUUAGAAAAAAGCUUGGAAGAUGCACAAAGAAUGGUUGUUGAAAUGGAGCUGAAGUUAAAUUCCUUGAAGGAAGCAACAAUGGCUUUAAAUGAAUUCCAGCAACUGGAUACUGAUGAGAGCACUGAACAGGAAAUCCAUUCAAGCAUUCUGUUAAAUAAGAACACCAGCAUGGUAAAGAUGCAAGAAAGAAAGUACAAAAUCAAGAAGGAUCAUGUUACUGAAGCAGAAAAAUCUGCUAGUGCUGCUUUGCUUCAUGGUCAGAGAAAUGACAUUGAGAAAGAUAUUACAAUAUCAAAUUUGGCUAAUCCCACUGAUGUGGGCAAUCAUAAGCUUUCAGGGAUGAAGGUUGACACUAAUGUUUUAGCACUGGAGGAGGUUAAGGAUCAACUGAAGUUGGCCAGAUUAGGAGUAUUGGAGUCUGAGAAUGCUAUUUGUGAAUUUUAUACUGAUCUAGAAAUGCAUAUAGCUACCCUUCAAAUUGAUGUCUGUGAAGUUUCUACUGCAUACAGCGAGUCAGUUAAAGACUUGGUGAAAGAGAUUCAUGAGAUGAGGAAGAUAUAUAUGGAAUUGAGAGAGAAUCAUAAAAAUUCUCAGUUUUGCAGAGUUGAAUCACUCUCAAUGAAACCAGAUAAAUAUCUGAAGUUUGAGAAACAGGAUGACAUGCUGAAUCAGAUAAGGGAUAAACUUACUGAAACAAAUGAUGUACUGAACCUUAUUAAAGAUUGCGUCAAAAAAAAAGAAAAUGUGUUUGAGUGUAUCUCAGUGGAUGAAGAUUUGAUAGAAGCAGAAGCAUGGAGUGCUGAUUGUUCUGUCUCUGGCUCAGAGUUUUCAACUGAAAGUGUUGCUUCAGGAAUCCAAUUGGAUGACAUCUUAUACACCUGCCACUCUAGGGUGUCUGCAGGGAUAAAUAUGACAGACCUGAGUGUUGACAGAGGCUCAGCAGUUCAGUAUGAUGAUCAAGAAUCUGAAAAGUCAAAGAAGCUACCAAAGUCUUCAAAUGUUCAGAAUGACGCAACACGAUUCUGCCUGAGAAAGGAAUUAGAGUUGGCAUUCUGUGCUUUUAGUAAACUAUACGUUCAGUUAGCCACACUACUCAGUGAGUCAGAUGUUGGAGAUUGUUCUAUCCGACAAGAGUUGAUACAUGUUCCAUAUAUUAAGUUGGGAAUGGAGAAAGCUGAAGCAGGUCGCUAUAAUACAAGGGAGGUAGUUGCUGAUGAGAAAAUUAACAAUUCUAGUAGCUUCUUAACCAAAUUUGAGGAAGCCCGUGCUACAAUGAGAGAAGCUGAUUUGAUGUUAAAUGCUUUGCUGAAGGCAAAUGAGAGUGCAAACCAAUUGGCUGGCGUGUGGAAGCAAGCUGGUGAGGAGCUGAUGGUAGAGAGAGCAAGCUUGAUUGAAGAAGUUGCACAACUUAAGUCAUCAAUACGUUUGAAAGAAGGAGAGAACGAAUUACUGAAGGAUCAAAUCAGUUAUGGUUUGGCAGAGAUGACAAACUCAUUUUCUUUGCUUGAAGAGUGUUUUUCGCAAAUGCAAAAGACUGUGGAUGAGAGGUUCAACAUGAUGUAUUCUGAUGCCUUAUCUAUGGGACAGGAGAUGCUGUACUUAGUUAGAAACUCCAGUUCAUCGCUAGAAGAUAUUUGCACUAAGAUAAUGGAGAAAGAACUAACUUUGUUUGUGCUGUACCAGUGCCAUGUAGGGGACUUUGUCAGCAAACUCCCACAUUUUAAUGCACAUCGUGGUUUGUAUCCAUUCAAACAUCAAGAAUGCUGUCCAGCAAGAAAUCUGCAAACUAUUUGCUCUAGUGAUAAGGAUGACAUUGCCAGUGAGAGAAUCAUGGAUCAAAGAGAUGGAAGUGAAAUAGUCAGGAAGUUGGAAGAGGAAGAACUGGGAUUAUCUGAUGACAAUCUCAUUUAUGAGAACUUGGCACUAAAAGAAGAAUUGAAACGGAAAAAAGUUUUAUUAGAAGGUUUGCUUUUUGAUUUUACAUUGUUGCAGGAAUCAGCCUCCACUACAAUGGAUAUCAAAGAUGAAACUGAAAAGCUAAUAUUUUCUUUAAGUCAAGUUCGACAUGAGCUAGAGAUGAAAACUAGUCAGCUUGAUGAGUUGCUGGUUGAAUAUAGGAAACUUGAAGGUCAUCUAGCUGAUACUGAAAAGGCUUUGUUUAUAUCAAAUUCUGAUCUUGAGCAGGCUAAAGAAAUGAUAGGCAGUUUUUCAGAUCAAAAUGCUGAGUUGAAGGUGCUUUUAAAAGAUUUCUAUUUGAAAAAAUCUGAAACCGAAGAGCUAUUGGAUGAACAAAAGCAGGUGGUCAAAGGUUUGGAAAAAGAAAUUCUUCAUUUAACUUCUUCAGCUGAACAAAAAUCAAUCUCUUUGGUUAAAGGCGUUGAAGAUGAUUUGAGGAGGGUUAUUAGUGAAAGAGACCAACUUUAUGAAGAAGUCCAAUCGUUGAAUGAUAAGCUUGAGAUGGCUUAUGCAUUUGCUGAUGAAAAGGAAGCUAUUGCUGUUGAAGCUCGCCAGGAGUCAGAGGCAAGUAAAGUAUAUGCUGAACAAAAGGAAGAGGAAGUUAAGAUUUUAGAACAUUCUGUUGAGGAGCUCGAGUGUACCAUAAAUGUAUUGGAGAAAAAGGUAUAUGAAAUGGAUGAGGAGGUGGAAAGGCAUCGAUUGAUCAGAGAUUCGCUGGAACUGGAACUCCAAGCUUUGAGACAGAGAUUGGCAUCUGUUGAGAACUUCACCGAGAAUGUGGAUUCAGGAAACAGUAAUGUUGAACACACUGAAGAGCAUAUAUCUAGGUUACUAGAAAUUCAUGAGGCACAGAAAAGGAUAAAACUUCUUGAAGAGGAAAAAGGAGACCGGGACAAAGAGAUCAAACAAUACAAAGAGUACAUCGCUGAACUUGUAUUGCAUGCUGAAGCCCAGGCAUCCCAGUACCAACAAAAGUACAAGACUCUGGAGGCCAUGGUUCAUGAAGUAAAAACUGAUAUGUCAUGUUCAACAUCAAUUGCUGCAACAAUAGAUAAAAGUGAGAGAAACACAACUAGGACAAGGGGCUCCAGCUCACCAUUCAGAUGCAUUUCAAAUUUGGUUCAGCAGAUGAAUUUGGAAAAGGAUCAGGAAUUGUCAGUGGCCAGGCUUCGUAUAGAGGAGUUAGAGGCAUUGGUGGCAAGUCGGCAGAAAGAGAUAUGCAUGCUGAAUACAAGGCUGGCUGCAGCAGAAAGCAUGACACAUGAUGUCAUUCGGGAUUUACUUGGUGUGAAAUUGGACAUGACUAACUAUGCAAACUUAAUAGACCAGUGUCAGGUUCAAAAGUUAGUGGAGGAGGCUCAUCAGCAAACAGAAGAAUUCCUGGCAAAGGAGCAAGAAAAUCUCAAUUUGAGAAAGCAGAUUAAUGAUCUACUUGAGGAAAGAGAGAGUUGCAUAUCGGAGAUAAAUAAGAAAGAAGCAGAUAUAUUUACUUUCCAGCUGAAUGUAGAGCAACUCCAAGAGCGGGAUCAAUUGCUCUCUGCACAGAAUGAGAUGUUAAAGAUGGACAAGAACAAUCUUAAGAGGAGGGUAUCAGAACUGGAUGAGAUGGUAAAAUCACUUCUUGAAGCACCUAGUAUGCAACAGCAAACUCAACUGUCAAAGAGCCACCGUGACAACAGCUCAUUGAAACCGGGUGAUGGUGAUUUCACUAAAAGGCUGGCUCAUUCUGAAAAGCUUCUUUCUCAUGUAAAUGAUGAAAUUGCUCAGUAUCGCCGGUCCAGUGGACAUGGAAUUAGAAACAAAAGAUAGGCGAUUCAUAUAACCCCAGUUGCUAAUGUAAUUACGUCUUUUUAUCUUCAUUUGGUACAUUCAAUCAAUCUCAGGAACUCAUGAUGUUGACCAGUACGCACAGGGCUUGUGUGGACGGCCAUAGAACAGGUGCGUAGACUGAUAUACAUUGUCUACCAAAGGAAGGUGGUAUCUUAGACCUGGCCCGGUUUGAUUGAUUGAAAGAUAAUCAGUGAGCAGUACAUUUCCAUGCGAACUAGAAGGCAGGCUCUCAACGUUUAAGUUGUAAAUGUUAUUUCCUCUUUUUAAUUUAAUUUUUGGAUGAGUGAAUUGGAUUAAUUUGGUGGUUCUUUUCAUCGUAAGUGUGAUUUGCGAGUCCAUUGUUGAUUAUCCUAACUAGGACGGGGGGAAAGUAUGUGCUCUUCAAUUGAAACUCUUGAUUUUCUACUAUACACGCCAUUGAAUGUAAAUAUUAUAAUCUUUGUAUUUGAAUAUUUAAAGCCUGGCAACAAAGUUUCAACUGUUUA